UACACAUACACGGGGAGCGUCGUUUUGGGGUGGCAUGGGAGAGGUACUAACGAUACGCUCGUACUCGUCCGGGCUGCCGGGAGUAAAGUUCAUAUAAUCGGACAACGGUACACGGCUGUGUUUGGAAGCGUAAGCGGACGCGGGCACAAUCCACGGCCAUACUACAUACUACCUAUGCUUCCAUUACACACACGGAACCGCUCUCAAUUGAGCAUUAUUGACUAGAAAUGGCAGCAGUAGCCGCAGCACCAUCCGACGCCGUACGAUAAAAGUACAAAUGCACUCUCCCGACGAGGACAUGAGCACUUUGCUGAAGCACGCACUCCAUAUUAUUCGAUGUUGUCGUUCUGUUUUUUUCCCUUUCUCUUUACGUAAGCCCUGUAGAAUUGAUCAGCUCACUUUCUUUUAACAAUUGCACUGGAAUUACUGGACGGUCUGGAUGACUGAAAUGGUUUCCCUGUCGAUGUACUGAUUUGACAGCCCGACCUCAAAUCAAUCGGGCAAGCCUUAUUGAUCUCGCUACUAAUCGGAGUAGCCAUUGCUUUAUGCACGGUGUGUCGCAUUUCACAUCUUCUCAGCACACGGCAGCAGAACGGACAAGCGAUGGACGGUGCUGGAGCAACUAGCCUGGAAUUACAUUCGGAGAGUGCCUUAAAAAUGGAUGCUAGUUUUGAGGAAAUUAUAGGGCAAAAGGCAAUCCAAGUUUCGACGGAAUGGGAUUCUGAAGAUAGCGACACAGCGGAUGAAGCUAACGAUGCUUCUGAGUAUGAAGAUGUCGAUUACGAAUCGAAACUAGCGAACGUUUUCUCGAACAUGUCACUCGCAACAUCACAGUCGAAACUAUCGAUGUACUCUACGGAAAGUAACGAAGCGUUGGACGGAACUCACGGACAAGAUGCCGAGCGUACCCUGGUGCAGAGUGACACCGAGGAAGAAGAAGAUCCCGAUGAACGUUACGAUGAAGGGAAUGGUUCCGGCAGCACAAGCGAUUCUAGCAAUACGCUCGAUGCGGGUAGCGAAGAGGAGGAGGAGGAGGAGGAGCACGAGAAACAACCCAUUUUUACCGAUCGUGGUGGCGGUGACGCAGAUUUGAACUUGGAUAGUGAUCCCAGUAGUCAGAUCAUUAAAGUAAACAUUGCACACAAGAAGCGCGUUAGUGACCCGGAAGCGUACAAGAAUUGGCUUAAGGCUAAAAACGAAGAGAUACGGAAAAAUCGCGAAAAGGAACUGCUUGCCAAACAGGAACUUCAACGCCAAAAAGAAAAAGAGGAAGAGAAGCGCAAAGAGGAAAGCAAAAAGAAGAUCAAAGAGUGGAUGGAGCGCAAGAAACAGGACAGCACUAAGAAGGCCACGAACCCGAAAGCUGCGAAAGAACGGCAGCAUUCCCAGAGUUCCUCUUCGGAGCAUCUGUACUGUGAUCCUGACGCUAAGUUCAAGAGCUGGCUAUUAAAUGUCCGAAAACGAGAGGAAGAGAAAAGGCUACGGGCGCAGACGGUAAAGCAGCUCGAGAAAAAGAUCCAGGACGAGAAGAAGAAAAUAUCUGGCGAAAUUUACCAGGAAUGGUUAAAGAGUGCCAAACACAAGCCAAAACCGGUGCCACUGAACCAGGGACCACACACACUGCGGGGUACGGUGUCGCAGAUUUUUAUCAACCCUCAACCAUGGAAAAGUAAUGUCGAAGAGUAACGUGGCAUCGGCAUUUCGGGCUCAACUCUUUAGCUUCGGUACCCAAAUUUUCCGUAUGCCUACACUAAGCAGAUGAGGUUACACAAGGUUUGAUCUUUUAGUCGUUUUUUUCAUCCUCGACCUUUCUACACCAAGUCCUGUUGGGGGAACGUUUUAUUGUUGUUAACUGUUGUAAAAUUCAAAUAUGGAGCAUUGUAAA